AUGGAGAAGCACGUUCCAUUGGAUUUAAUUAACGACAUACUCAGCCGAUUACCGGUGAAGAGCCUGCUUCGCUUCAAGUGUGUAUCCCGAGGAUGGUGUUUUCUAAUAAACGAUCAAAAUUUCAUCAAACUCCAUCUCAAACGAUCCACCCAAAGCAACAGUCACAGCAGCCUUGUAAUUGUCCAAUAUACUAAACUUAGUUUGGUGGAUUUGAGUUCGUUACUUGUCGUGGAGGAAGUCGCCGAUGAUUCUUUGAGGCAAUUAUUCAGAGGCUCCAUUAAAGUGCUGGGCAUAUGCAACGGCUUGCUUUGCUUGUCCAAUUCGGCUUAUAAUCGUAAUAUUUUGUGGAACAUGUCUACCAGGGAGCACCUGACUUUGCCCCCUGUGCCUGAAAAUUUCCUCCUUUAUCCUACUCCUGAAACUAUGAAAUUGUUCGGAUUGGGAUAUGACCCCAUCGACGAUGAUUAUAAGGUAAUUUUUGUUUCUCAAACUUACCAAUCGAAACAUAAGGGAAUUUUUUAUAGUCUAAGAUCGAAAUCAUGGGGAAAGAUUCACGAUUACAGUAAUUGGAUUUAUUGUGGUUCCGGUAGUGGAGUGUAUGCAAGUGGUGCUUUACACUGGCUUGUAUCCAGAUCGUGGAAAGAAAUGAUGGAAAACAGCGAUGUAUUCAUUGUAGCAAUCAACCUUAAUACUCGCAAACAACAGUUUUUUCGUUGUCCUGAUCAAGAUCCUGAUCAAGAUCAACAUCAAGAUCAAGAGUAUAAGGCUUGGAACAUCCCACCUCAUCGAUUUGAUUUCAAGACUAUAGAGGUUUUGGGGGAACAGCUUUGUGCAAUGGACCUGAAUGGCAACCAUAAUUUCACAGCGGACAUAUGGUUGAUGAAGAAGUAUGGCGUGCAGGAAUCCUGGACAAGGCUAUUCUCGAUUCCAUACUUUCAUACUGGGUAUAUAUCUAGUUACGCUGGUCUGUUUGUUCAUCCCUUAACUUGUUCAAAGAAUUGUGACGAAGUUUUAGUAGACGUCGGACAUGAUCAUGCAAGGCUAAUAUUUUAUUACAAUCCGAAGAACAAAAGUGUUAGGUAUGUUAACAUCCCGACGUGUCAAAAUAGCUCUUUUGAAGUACAAAUUUGUCACGAAAACCUUGUAUCAUUAACAUCUAGAGAGAGGCCGUAA